AUGUUAAAUAUUCACUGUGUUUCUAUCUGGCACGAAAAGAAAACAAAGGACACGUUACUGAGAUGACAGAGCCUCCUAGUGUGCUGCCCCUCCAAAUAAUGUUAAUCCUUCUCCUUAUCAAAAGUGGCAGCAGCAACAAUGAGUGUGGGGAAUGGUCUUGCGGCUCUGGCCAACCACCUAUCAGAUUUCCCUUCAAACUCAUCAAGGGAAUUAAAGAUGAAUGUGGUUAUCCGGGGUUUUGUCUAUAUUGUACUAAAAAAAAUGAGACUAUGCUUGCUCUCUCCUCCGUAAAACUCCAAGUCAGUUACAUAAACUACGAAAAUCAUGAAAUUGGGUUGAAAGACCCGGAAAAUUGCCUUCCGCACAAGUUUCUGCAAAUCAACGAUUCUCUUAUUCAUCCUUACAAAUUUGACGAUGAAGCUAAAACAAGUAAGUUGAGCUUCUUCAACUGUUCUUCAGUUGAGCAUCAACACCUGAGAAACUACGAGCAGUCACUGUCAGACUCACAAGACAUGAUCUCCUGUCCGAUUUAUGUUUCUGAUCUUGAUGACAGUGUGCUCAGUUUGGACCUAACAUCCUGUACCAAAAUGUUCGAUAUCGUUACGCCAGUUUCGGCAUACGGGAUGCAGCGAAAUUCGUUGGAUUUAAGAUGGUCCGAAGCAAAUUGUAGUCAGUGCAAAGCAAAAGGCAAGAAAUGUAAAUGGAAGAACAACAGAGGUGACAUCGAAUGUUUCGACUGCAAGGACAAGCGAAAAACUAUUCAUGUUCCCAAAUCUUUUAUUUACUCUGCACCAGGUUCGAUUCUUUUGGGGUUCGUGGUUAUUGUCGUUUUUAAGAUCAUAUACCAUUUUAGACAGAAACAAGAGGACCAAGCAAGGGUGGAGAAGUUCUUAGAGGAAUACAGGGCAGAAAAGCCUGCAAGAUUUACUUAUGCUGAUGUGAAAAGAAUCACUGGUGGUUUUAAAGAGAAGCUAGGGGAAGGAGCUCAUGGGGCUGUAUUCAGAGGAAAACUUUCAAAUGAGAUUCUGGUGGCUGUGAAAAUCCUCAAUAAUACAGAGGGAGAAGGGAAAGAGUUCAUCAAUGAAGUGGAAAUUAUGGGCAAAAUCCACCACAUCAAUGUGGUUCGUUUGCUUGGCUAUUGUGCUGAAGGAAUCCAUCGUGCUCUGGUCUACAAUUUCUUUCCAAAUGGUUCACUUCAAAGCUUCAUAUUUCCACCAGAUGACAAGCAGAAUUUCCUUGGCUGGGAGAAGCUGCAGAACAUUGCUCUUGGUAUAGCUAAAGGGAUUGGGUAUCUUCACCAAGGUUGUAACCAUCCCAUUAUUCACUUUGACAUCAAUCCUCACAAUGUGUUACUUGAUGACAACUUCACUCCAAAAAUUUCUGAUUUUGGCUUAGCAAAAUUGUGUUCCAAGAAUCCUAGUUUGGUGUCCAUGACAGCUGCUAGGGGAACCUUGGGAUACAUUGCACCUGAAGUUUUCUCCAGAAACUUUGGGAAUGUGUCUUAUAAAUCUGAUAUUUAUAGUUACGGAAUGUUGUUGUUAGAAAUGGUUGGAGGAAGGAAGAAUGUAGACACGUCUUCUGCAGAAGAUUUCCAUGUGUUGUACCCAGAUUGGAUGCAUGACCUAGUUCAUGGAGAUGUACAUAUCCAUGUUGAGGAUGAAGGUGAUGUUAAAAUUGCAAGAAAACUAGCAAUUGUUGGACUUUGGUGCAUUCAGUGGCAGCCAUUGAACCGGCCAUCCAUAAAAUCUGUCAUACAAAUGUUGGAAAGUAAAGAGGAAGACCUAUUAACUGUUCCUCCUAAUCCAUUUCACUCAUCUACUUCCACCAUUCCUAGUGGAUUCACUUCGGCAAGACUACCUUUGGAAUUGGAAGUAAUUCAAGAAUGAGAAAUUAACUUAUUGAUUUAUUUACAACGGGAGAUGAUUAGUGUUUACACAUAUUUUGUUUUCUCCUCAGAAGUAAAAAUUGUUGUGUUUGAAUUAAAUGUAUGAAAAUAAAAUAAAUUAUUAUUAUAAUUAA